AGACGCCGAGUUGAGGACGCCGACCUGGGCGCGAUCAUAGAGGCGUUUGAGAAGCACAACAUGUCCUAUCCCUUCCUCCUCCCCGUUACUAGAAAAGAGGCCCCGGACUACCACCAGAUAGUCAAGAAGCCGAUGUCUCUAUCGAUGAUCAAGGCAAGGUACAACAACCAUGAGUACGACGGGAAGGUUGGGAUGAAGAACUUCAUCAAGGACUUCGAGCUUAUCUUCUCCAACGCCUUCACCUACAACCGCAAGUCUAGCCUUGUCUACAAGCUUGCGGAGGAAGUCCAGGAGUUU